AUGUUGGAGCUCCGGCCACGCUUCAUCUUCAACUCUAACACAACCGACGAUGCCCUGCAAAACUACCUGAACGGCCUCAAGUUCCGCCAGUCACACUGGUACACCGACGUCAAGCUCGGCCUAGGAUACACCGCUGUCAUAAUCGCCGCCGUCACCUUCGCCCUGGACUACAAGUAUGGCUUCGAAGCCACAAAACAAUUCACCACGGCCGCUGUUGUCGUCUACUUUCUCCUGAACGGCGCCUUUACCUACUGGAUCUGGCAGGUAGAGAAUGGUCUCAUAUACGUCGGUGCCUGGAAAGGUCGUAAGGUGGGUUUGCUGUCCUACUGCUCUUCAUCUUUUGUUCUGCCAGCUGACACUGCCAACGCAGNNAUUACCAUCUCGACCCGCACAGACAAGUUCGAUCCUACAUACAGACUCAACGUCACAUUCCACCCCUCGUCCCUCAACACCAUCCCUCCCGUCGACAAGGAAAUCUCGGCCCCUUUUAUGCAGUGGUUCACUGCUGACGGCUUCUUCGUCGCUGCUCCUUUCCAACAAUGGCUCGCUACAAACAUUGACAUGGUCGGUGACGCAGACCCCAAGAAUAUUGUCGACGAAGCAGCUGGCCUUGUAUCUGCUCAGUCUGUCCAGCCGGAUGGUCUUCAGGAUCUGUUGAAUGUCAUCAAGACUGGUCCUCCUGCUGCUGCCGCUCCUAGGAAAAGGGACGUCAAACUGUUCAGCUUGUUCCUUGAGAGACGCAAAGUCUGCCGUCGUAGUCCGUGGGUGUCUCCUGCCACCUCGCUCUCCUCCUCUCUGGCCAACCUCCAACUCUAA